AUUUUCAAUUUUCAUGUUCAAUGGCAAUGAAUGUUGAGUGUCCCAAACUCUGCGCCUCCACCCCCACAGAACCUGACACCACCACCCUACUCACUCACUCCCACUUUCAUUCAUUCACAUUCACAAUCAGAUUGCAACGGCAAUACACUCACUCAUUCAUGACGUCAUCAAUUUCGUAAACUAAUAUUAAUGAGUGUUUCUGAAAACCCUAAGGAAAAAAAAGGGUUCUCAUUCUACACAAAAUCUUGGGGGAACCUCUCCUCCAUUUCCACAUUGCUCUUCCUCUUCAAGAAUCCCACCUUCGCCAAUCCCUAAUUCCAAAACAAAGUCCCUUUUUUUGUUCCACAGAGCUUGAGAAGAUGAAAUGAAUUGAAUUGAUGGUUGGAAUCUGUGACCCGAGAUCCGAAUCCGAAUGGGUGUUGGCAGCAAAGUUUGGAGCUUGAGGAGCUUCUUGUGUUCAAAGCAACCUCAGUUGCUGCACCCUGAUAAAAAUAACAAUAGUAAUGGGAGCAUUAACCAUAACCAUAACCACCAUAGCCACAUGUGUUGGAGAUCCAGCGUGGCGAAACCCACAUCGUGGUCCAUGGUUUGCGGGUUCAUGCUGUUCGGGUUGGGUCUAAUCUCACUCUUAACGGGUCACAUGGCUUCUCAUGUUGAAUGGUACUCCCAAAGAUUCGUCCAUCGCACUCUCCACUCAGCACAGGAUGGAAGUGAGCGUGCGCCAAUUGAUAUUUGGGAAUCACAGUAUUCUAGGUAUUACUAUGGAUGUAAAGAAAGGGGGCGUAAUUUUGCUCCUGCUGUAUCCGAGCGUAAGUCAAAUGGCUACUUGCUUAUAGCAACAAGUGGAGGACUGAACCAACAAAGAACUGGGAUUACGGAUGCCGUUGUUGUUGCACGAAUUCUUAAUGCUACAUUAGUUGUACCGGAGUUGGAUCAUCAUUCUUUUUGGAAGGAUGAUAGUGACUUCAACAAUAUUUUUGAUAUAAAUUGGUUCAUUACAUAUCUUGCAAAGGAUAUUACCAUUGUUAAAAGAGUUCCUGAUAAGGUCAUGCGAUCAAUGGAUAAACCACCAUAUACAAUGCGUGUUCCGAGGAAAUCCGAACCUGAAUAUUAUCAUGAUCAAGUUUUGCCAAUACUCUUGAGACGACGGGUUUUGCAAUUGACGAAGUUUGACUUUAGACUAGCAAAUGACCUAGAUGAUGAACUACAAAGAUUACGUUGUCGUGUUAAUUAUCAUGCUCUGAGAUACACGAAACCUAUACGACAGUUUGGUCAAAAACUUGUUAUGAGAAUGCGAAAGAUGGCAAACCGUUUUAUAGCCGUCCAUUUGAGGUUUGAGCCAGAUAUGCUGGCAUUUUCAGGUUGUUAUUUUGGUGGGGGUGAAAAAGAAAGACAAGAGCUCGGGGAAAUCAGAAAAAGGUGGACAACGUUGCCUGAUUUGAGCCCUGAUGGAGAGCGAAAGCGUGGAAAAUGUCCUCUUACUCCUCAUGAGGUGGGGUUGAUGCUCCGAGCACUUGGUUUUGCAAAUGAUACCUACCUAUAUGUUGCAUCAGGAGAAAUAUACGGAGGGGAUGAGACCAUGCAGCCUCUGAAAGAUCUUUUCCCUAACAUCUAUACAAAAGAGAUGCUUGCAGGGGAAGAGCUGAAACCUUUUCUUCCAUUCUCUUCUCGCCUUGCUGCUAUUGACUACAUUGUGUGCGAUGAAAGCAAUGUAUUUGUCACUAACAACAAUGGCAACAUGGCCAAGAUUCUUGCCGGUCGAAGGAGGUACAUGGGUCACAAAAGAACUAUCAGACCAAAUGCCAAGAGGCUUAGCACUCUAUUCAUGGAGCAGCAUCAGAUGGACUGGGACACUUUCGCCGAAAAGGUUAAGGCAUCUCAACGAGGAUUCAUGGGAGAGCCAGAUGAGAUCAGGCCUGGACGCGGCGAAUUUCAUGAGUAUCCAAGUAUUUGUAUAUGUGAGAAACCAUAUAUUGAUCAAGCACUCAGUGAAGAUGUGUUCCGGCCUCCUAAACUUGCAGCCGAAAACCUGACAGUGAAAGAGGAUUCCUCAUUGGAUGAAGAAAAUGAAGAUAGUAUUCGACUACCUAAGCAAAGUGUAGGAAGGGCCAGAAGGUGGUAAAACAAGUUAACAUGGCUAUCAAUUCAAUCGCCCCACGGCAAAGGGCCUGCCACUAUAUUUGAUGAGGAUUAACAUAGUUGGCCUUAAGUUGUCAUGGCUCGAUGAAGAUCUAAGUCAUACAAAUCGUGUAUGGCACAGUUUAGAUACUUCUCUAGGGUAAAAGGCAUGAAUACCCUUACAAUGUGUUGCAAGUGUUUAUAGAUGUGCUUGGUGUAGUAUAUGUAACUUUCUUUCUCUAAUAUAUAUAUAUUCUAUUCUUUUACUAGGUAA